AUGGCGUCCCGGGAGCUGGAGCGCGCGCACCCGGACGUGGCGCUGCCUGCGGUGGUGCACCGGGUCGCGUCGGACGUGUCUGCGUCCUCGCGGCUGUUGGUCAUCGGCGACGUGCACGGCUGCCUCGACGAGCUGCAGGCGCUGCUGGCCGCGUGCCAUUUCGCGCCUUUCGCAGGCGACCGGCUGGUGUUCGUGGGGGACCUGGUCAACAAAGGCCCCAAGUCGCUGGACGUCGUGCGCUUCGUGCGCGACUCGGGCGCGCUCUGCGUGCGCGGCAACCACGACGACGCCGCCCUGAGCGCCUACUACAGGUGGGUGCAGGGCGGCCGCCAGCCCGGCUCAGCCAAGUAUCCGUACGUGGAGCAGUUCGAGCCUAGGGACGUGGCGUUCCUCGAGCAGCUGCCCUUCUCGCUGUCGCUGCCCAACCACGGCAACAUCAUAGUGGUGCACGCUGGACUGGUGGAGGGGGUCGAGCUGCAGGACCAGAAACCCUUUGAUAUGUACAAGAUGCGCUUCGUGCAGCGUGAAAGGGCGGAAGACGAGGGUUCGCAGUGGAAGGCGCUGGAGAAGGAGAAGUUCAAGAGUGAGAGCGGCGGCGAGCCGAAGAUGUGGGCGAAGGUGUGGAGCGGGCCUAGGCAUGUGUACUUUGGUCAUGCAGCGAGUGCGGGAUUGCAGGUGGGUGGGGGUAUAGUUGAAGUUGAAGUGCUUUCCCUCUGA